AUGGACUCCUUUGCCGAACAUAACCCCAAGCAGGCCGGCCAGGCAGAGCCCAACAGUCGAGGAGAUCAAAAAGUGGGCGGCACGCCUCUCGGGGAAGCAUUUCUUGAUGCAGGCUGGUUCUUCGAAAAGAAAUGCCAUCUGCCUAUUGGGGCCAGCCUAGAACUCGCGGAUCUGGCAACGAAGAUGGCGGGGAUGGAGCGAGAUACCAGCAUUGAACACACUGCACACCCGAACACGAGGAAGAGAAAGAGUCCGCCUCACAUCGCCUGGCUGGAGUACUUCCGAUCCGGAUCAGACGGGACUUUUCCCGCUCUUCUACGGAGAGAGGGCCAGGCUUACUUCGAUCGUACUCGCUAUAUCUUCAAGUUGCACAAACUCGACAACUCCAUCCUCUUCUACCGCCCACGUCGGUUCGGCAAAACAUUGACGAGUCUCGAUGUGCAAAAAGAAAUCGACAAAAGACAAGCAGAAAAAGAAGAGUAUGUGAAACCGGGACAGUACUUCGUCUUGAAAUUCGAUUUUUCCAAAAUCACCCCCGACCCCGACCUUACGAAGGCGAAUGAUGUACUCAUCAAGAUGUUGAAUUCUUCCAUCGAGUCGUUCCACGAAGAAUAUGCUGCAUACUUGGGCGGAAACUAUGAAGCUCUACGCCGAGGCAUUGACAGUGGCGAACCCAGCGUCAGUCUCGAGAAGUGUGUCAGGUCAGUCCGACGUGCGAUCAAGAACGACGAGCAACUUGCUAGCAUUGAAGGGAUCUACCUGCUCGUUGACGAGUACGAUGCUUUUCCUAAUAACUUCCUCGAACAACCCAAGACCGACAGAGGAUCCAAGAUCGCUUGGGAGGAUACAGCAAUCGGACGAAAUUUCAAGUCUUUCUGGACGACAAUAAAGUCAUGGAUCGCAGACAGGGUCAUCCGAAGAGUUUUCAUCACGGGCAUCUCACCGCUCUCCUUAUCCGUUCUCGGCAGUGGGUUCAAUUUGGCGAGAAAUAUGUCAUUCGACAGGGACCUGGCCAGACUUUGUGGUUUGACAUGCUCGGACUUGGAGGACGCCCUAAAGGGAAUCUCCGAAGACCCUGAAGCCCGCAACGGUUUUCUUUCAGAAAUGACUCUAUCUUUCAACGGAUAUCAUUUCUGUAAUGAUGAAACGAUCGAAACUUCUUACAACGCAGAGACGUGCUUGGCAUACCUUCAGCGUCGUAUCGAGGGAAAGACACCAGAAAUUCGAGACCCGGAAAACUCUGAAGUAUCUGAACAGUUUCUCGAGAGAUUUGCUGCUUCAGCGCCAGCGAUAAGCGACUUCGAAACAGCACUGGAAUGUGACGAAAAGGGAGCUUCAAGCCCUUGGAAUACCAGCGAUUCAGACCAGAAUUUACGCUUCGAGACUUGGAUUGCGGCAGAUCGUAUCGCUCUCGCGGUUCUCCAAAAGUAUGCUCUGCGUAACUCUCUCUCAGAAGCACUUCAGCAUCUCGUCAACUACGGAGAUCUUGAACAACGAGACGUCACCGUCAAUGAUCUUACCAAAAAGGAUGAAGCAGCCCAUCGGGAUAGCUUCCAUUUCAGCCUCAUGCAAAACCAUUUUCCUGUUCCACACACAGAACUCAAGGUGACCAAGGUAAUCCACUACCCACUAUUGGCUGGGCAAUAUCAAACGUCUCGUGUAGCCAAAUCGAACAAACGGUCGCAUCGAUCUUAUCUUCGAGGUUCGCGGGCGCCUGAUAGUUACCGAAUGGAAGUUCUAUCGAAUUAA